AUGUCGGGACGCAAGGGCAGCUUGGCAUCUCGGUCGCUCGAAUACCGGGCGCCCGAGGUGCCGAGCUUUCUGAAAGCACUCAAAGCGCAAGUCUCCGAGAGCGAUCGGUAUUCACGCAAGCGGCCAAACGACGAACUGGAUUCGUUGGUCUCAUCCGCCUCCUCCGCGAGCAAACGCAAGGCCUGCGAUGAGGACGAAACGGGAGACCUGGACAGUGACGACGAGCUGCGCGGUGCCCAGGUCGUCGUGCUCAAGGAUGGCAAGCAUCUGUCGCAGCAACAAGCGCUCGAGGCGAAAGCGGACCUUGCGCAAAAGAGCCCCGCUCCUUCGAACUCGUCUCAAAACAUCGCCUCAUCGGCGAGCAACAGUUCCGCACUCAAACGGAGGCGGCAGCCCGUCACUGGAGGAGCCGCCUCGGACUCAGUAUCGACCGCACUCGAUCCGCACAGCUUACAAGAGGGCGCGAAACGCGGCGACACGAGCCUCGAUCACGUCAAGCAGCUCAUUCGCGAGGAUCGGCAAGCCAAAGCAUCCACCAACCACACUCCCAAGCAGGACACCAAUACAAAGGAAGGCAAGCGCAAGCUCAAAAAUGCCGAGGCACGCAAGCUCAAAGCCAAGUCAGGCAAAGGCCUCAGCUUCGACCUGGACGAUUGA